AUGGAUGGUUCGUCACAUUUUGUCACAGUAACGUUAUCUAUGAAUAAAGAUAAUCAUAGUCCUCCAUCGCCAAAUAAUAAUUCUUUAGUUAAAAAAUCAAAAUCUGUACCAAAUACACCGGAAUUUGAAAUAAUGGACAAUCAUUUGUUACAAAGUAUUAAAGAAACAUUUACAAAUUCAUCGUUUAUUGGUGAAAUGACAAAUUUACUACUCAAUUCGGAUGUCCUUCUCAAUACGCUUACAAAUGUUGUUAAACAAGUGUGUCAGAAACAACAACAACAAAUUGAUUUUUUAACAUCUGAAUUGAAGGAGGUUAAAACACAAUUGGUUGAAGUUCAGUUUCAAAUGAAUGACCAUCAACAGCACACAAAACGAAAAGGUUUAGUAAUGUAUGGCAUACCAGUUCAAAAAGAUGAAAAUACUACAAAUAUGGUUAUUGAAAUGGGGAAUUCAUUAGGGGUUCAACUUAAUGAUGCACAUUUUUAUUCAGUACAUCGCUUACCAGUAAGUAAAAAGUCAAAAGAUAAAACAAAGCAAUCAAUUAUCGUGGUCUUUUUGCGUUUAAAAGACAGAGAUGCGUUCUAUGAUUCAAGAAAAAAAUGUCGUGAUAUUGACAUUUAUAAAACGGUCUAUAUAAAUGAGCACCUAACAAAUUAUAAUAAUACUUUGUACAUGUAUGUUCGUCAAGAACUAAAUAAAAAGACAAUUUUCACGCGCAAUGCAAACAGUACAGUCUCGACGGCAGGGAAAAGUUUGACGUCGCAAAUUGAUUACGUGAAUGCAUAUCUGGCCCUAAACCGUCCAGUAAUUUUAUGUUUAACUGAAACGUGGUUGGAUGAUAGUGUUCAAAACAGCGUGAUAGAUAUUCCUUUUUAUCAUCCACCUUUACGUUUAGAUAGAGAUAGGCAUGGCGGUGGAUGUGCAGUAUAUAUACGAACUGAUUUUCAUUCCUUGCACCUACAUGAAUUUGAAGCUGCUCAGUUUGAAAUACUUGUGUUGCGUAUAACACUUAGUAAUAAAAUGAGUAUGAUUAUUUUAAAUGUCUAUCGCUCCAAAACUACUUCUAUACAGAAAUUAAUUAAACAGUUAGAUAGUGUUCUAGAGGAAAUUAGUAACAGCAAAUACAAAAAUGAUAUGAUUCUGAUGGUCGGGACUUCAAUUCCCACUAUCAGCCGUGGUCCAUUAGUGACAUCCCAUCGACUAAGGAAGGUAUAGAACUUAAUGAUUAUCUCGCAUCAAUAUCUAUGUAUCAAGUAGUGCGUGGAAUUACUAGAAAUGCGUCUAGAACAUGUCUAGAUUUAGUCAUUGCUCAAAAUCCUUUAUUUAUAUCUGAUAUAAAAAUAGAACCAACUCUUUAUCGAAGUGACCAUAAUUUUAUAGAAUUUCGAUUAAACGCUUGUCUGGAUAGAAAAGACAAAAUUUUACGCACUAUUUACGACUAUAACGUGGUGAACUGGGCGUUAGUAAAUGAGCGUUUCAGAGAAAUUCCAAUUGACCAGCUCUUAAAAAAUUACAGAAAUGUUACUGAAAGAGCUAAAGCAUUUGAAGAGAUUUUCCUCGAACAUAUGCAUACUUUUGUGCCCAAUAAAACUAUAACUAUAGAACCGAGGGACAAGGUUUGGUUUAGUGACAAACUACGUGUUUUGUAUAAAAAUAAAUGCAAGUUGUACCGUAAUAGUAAAAAUUCAUUAUACCACUUGGAACUCUAUAAAAAAGUAGUAAAGGAAUUUAAAAAAGAAUGUGUUUCCGCAAAAGAAGUCUACUAUAAAAGAAUAAAUGAGAAAAUUUCUGCGUCCUCGAAAAACUGGUGGAGCUUAGUUAAAAACACAUUAGGUAG